UCUCUGAUCGUUCCCUUCGCCUAUCUGCAGGUCUGCAUCCACACAACACAAGCCCACUCCCACGCGCCCCCAAACCCAAAACCCUACCACGCCCAUGGCCCCUCCCUCGCCGCAGCCGCCCCGCCCCUCCGCCGCCGCCGACGGCGGCCCCGCCCCCUCCGCGGCGCCGGUCGACGCGCUCUUCCUCCAGAACCUGAUGAGCCGCGUCCAGCUCCGCCCGCCCUUCCUCGACACCAACUCCUUCCUCACCCAGGACCUCGACGACUUCCUCCUCAACGAGUUCGCCGCGCUCACCGCCGCGACGGGCGAGUCCGACGAUGAAGACGACGAAGAAGGGGAGGACGGCGGCCUCUCCGACGGGGAGGCCUCCGGGGAGGCCAGGCGGCGCCGGAUGCUCUCGCGGGAGGAGGCCAAGCUGGAGAAGGAGAUCGUCAGGAUGGUGCUCGCCGGCGACGGGGACGCCCUUAAGCCCAACUCGGGCCAGUCCGUUGCCGUCGGCGACCACCACGUCUGCGUCGGGUUCCACGACGAGGCCGGCGGGGAGUACCGCGUGUGGGAGUGGCACGGCCACGUCAUGCUCUUUGACGACGAGGACGGCUACUCCGCCGAGUACAUCUACGGGAACCACUUCGAGCCGCUCGCUGCCGCCGCUGCCAGGGCCAAGCAGAAGGAGAAAGAGAAGAGAGAGAAGGACCUGACCUCGGGCCUUCGGGAUUUGAUUGUGGGUGAUGGGGACAGUGCCAAUGGCUUGAAUUUGAAUGGCAAUGGCGGAGGCCCCAGGGUGGUGCGCAGGAACGUGGUAAAUGCCCCUGCAGCAGCGCCUGCAAGAUAGAGGAGGAGGCCAAGGGCUGAGCUACAGUUGUGGACUUGUCAGCAUGAACUAUUCUAGGUUACUAAGACGGCACGCGUGAAGGCGACUGCUUCUUAUAACUUGCUAAAGCAGGCGAGGGGACACGGUCGGAAAUCACGCACCGGAAAAACUUGACGUGAAACCGCGUCUGGGAUCAAAUGAAGUGGUGAAAUUUGUCUAGCAGUUACCCCCUCUGUAAAGAAAUAUAAACACUCUUAUACUCUUUUUUUAUGGAGGGAGUACCAAAAAGGCUUGGGUUCUAGUAGUAGUCUCUUCUU